GGACUUCGAUGACGAGUUUAUCUGACCUUGUUUGAUCCUCAGUACGUUCCCAGAAGUCACCGUGCGCAGGUCGUCCAUCAGCCUGCAGCCCAGGGCUGCCUGGCCGGAACCCGCGACUCCGCCCGCACGUGUUCCCCUUAUAUGUAUUGUGAGUCGUAAAUACAUUGACUACCAUUGGGUGGUCGUUGCGUCCUUUUGGCUCGCAACACGGACACAGUCUCCGAAACCCGUCGACCCAUCGCUUCCGCGACCAUGUCUUCUAAACCAAAUUACGAAGUAUGAUAGCGAGGGCCGGGCCGCCGAGUGAGCGAGGCACGUGAAAUGUGCCGCUGCUCGCCGCCGCAGUCGCACAGCCGCCCCUCGUCCAGGUGAGGCGCUUCCCUUCCCCUGGGCUCUCAUUCCGCUCCCGUCCUCGGCAUGCACCUCCCACGCCGCGCCUGCAGCCUGCUGGGGAUCCUGUGCGUUGUGCUCUGCUGCUUGCUCUAUGUGGCCGAUUACUAUGACUACUACUACUCUCGCACAGCCGUCCCCGAGCGCCACCGAGAGCACGAAGACGCUGUCGCUGACGCUCGCGCCGGUCCACUUCUCCUGCCGCUGGCCCAGUUGGAUGCUAGAGGAGGAAAAGCAGAAGGAACAGAAGCUAGAGAAACAGGAGCCGCCGCCCUCGAUGCCAGCCACGCGCCCGGCGAGCAGAGAAAGAGGAAGGAUCAGGCGGCCGCGGCGAGGAAGAAGAAGCGGCGCUGUAAAAAGAGGAAGUGCAAGAGGACCUCUGCGGAGAGCGAGGGCGACGGCGACGAGGCGGACAGCCGCGGCGACGACGACCCGACGUUUACGCUGGACGCCGUGUUAGCCGGCGCGCCCGUCUGGAGCGAGUUCGCCGACCGCGGAUACACUAUCGUGGGCACCAACGGCUCGGCCAUGCGGCGCCUUCCUCAGGUGCUCAUUAUCGGCGUGAAGAAGGCGGGGACGCGCGCUCUCCUCGAGUUCCUUCGCGUGCACCCCUCCAUCCGCGCCGCCGGCCCCGAGGUGCACUACUUCGACAGGUUCUACACGCGGGGACUCGCUUGGUACAGGAGCCAACUGCCGUUGAGUCUCGAGGGACAGCUGACACUUGAGAAGACUCCUGCUUACUUCACCACCUCGGGCGUGCCGGCCAGGGUUAGAGCGGACUUACCAGGGGUCAGACUCCUGUUGGUGGUGCGGGAGCCAGUGACCAGGGCCCUCUCCGACUACGCUCAAGGGCUCAGCAAACGCGAGGGUUCCCACAAAUCGUUCGAGGAGAUGGCCUUUGUCAACGUCACUACAGGAUUGGUUAAUUCCAACUGGGGUCCCAUCAGCGGAGGCCUGUACGUGAGGCACCUCCAGCACUGGCUGGAUCACUUCCCGAGGUCCAGCAUCCACGUGGUGAGCGGGGAGAACCUUGUGCAUGACCCAGCGGCGGAGCUGGCCAGGGUGCAGGAGUUCCUGGGUCUCCGCCGAGUGAUCACCGAUAAACACUUCUUCUUCAAUGCCACCAAAGGCUUCCCUUGCCUGGUGAAGCGUGAGCGAAGCGGGAAGCCCCACUGCCUAGGUUCCUCCAAGGGUCGGUCGCAUCCCAGUGUCUCACCGGCGGCUGUUGAAGCCCUCAGGGAUUUCUACAGGCCUUUCAAUUUCAAGUUCUACAAGAUGGUCGGGCAGAACUUCAACUGGUAGACGGUGAAGGAAUGGGGGAAAGGGCUGUUGGCGUGUAGAGAUGGAGCGCUGAAAAGGUGAAAUAGAGGGAGGAGAAGGUGAGCGAGGGAAAAUAAUGAAGAGAAAAUGAGUGGAAAUUGGUGAAAGAAAUGAAAUGGAACUGAUAAAUAUUGAUGGACUAAUGGGAAGUCGUUGAUCGGAAAGAGGGAUUACCAAUGAAAUAGGUAAGAUCUAUUUAUAACUUGGAGAAAAGGGAGGGGGGAUAGGAGAUCAAUGCUGUGUCAUUGUAUAUAGGUGUAACUAAGUUUAUUAGCUAUAAAUAUCCAAGGUACAAAGACCCCUGUCAGAAUUUAGCUUUAACUCUUACCUCCGUAUGGACAUCUGUGAUCGUGAUCUCUCGACAAGAAAGUAACUUUUUUUCUCAACUUCAGGUGUUCAGAAGGCUUUUAAGUAAUUAGAAAUCGAGGCACGUAAUUUUUAAUAGAAGCGUCACACAUCGAUGUGAACAAAGUGAAGAGCAAGGUUUACGGCCUAGAUGCAACAAGAGGAAACAUUCCUAUGUUCAAUGCAGUGUUCUGAGUGGAGAGUUAUGAACAUGUUACUUGUUAUAGUUUGACGCGGAUUUGUACUUUUGCAAAGGACAGUGAUACUGAAGAAAGCACUGCAAAAAAUGAAGCAAGUACUGGUGAAACAUAACAUUCCUUUUAUACCUCAUUUGUGACUUCUAUGUGGCUGCUUGGUUCUUUAGAUUCAUUUUGCCGAGCACUAAGAAUUUGUGCUUUGUCGCUAUGAGGCAGAUUUUACCGAACUGGGGUGUGAGCAGUAUUGUUUUAUUGUUGAUAAGGAUUAUAAAUCUGUCAAUGCAGAAACUGUGCAAAAUCAGAAAGCAAAUGCGCAAUCCACCUUAACUAAAUCAGCCGCAGAGUAACAAUACAAAUGACAUAAAGCAUUUAUGUAAAUACAAUCAUAUCUGCAAAAAGGGUAGUAUUUCAUUCCGACGAGAGUGUGUGUACCGCAGUCAGAAAGCCAGGCUUAAAAGAUUUACUGUAAACAAAAACUAAUUCAUGGGCUUGGAAUUAUGUCAUAAAAUACUCACGGCUCUGUUCAGGUAGGCCGGAAUACUUAUACCAAAGAGUGCUUGUAAGUGUUUGUGUUUUUCGCUCGUACGAGACGUGUCAAAGAAGCAUAGCGCCCGAGAACAUAGUAGUGACCAAGAGCUAUCAUCUGCCAAGUUGUCUCUUCUUUCUGAAUAGCCGACGAGGAGGUUUUUCAUAUUUCUUUUGUCAAUGGAAUAUGAAAUUUUUGAACGAGAAGAAAUUUCCUAUUGCUAAAAGUCCAGGAAAUUGUACGCAGCAUAAAAUUAAGUUUUAUCUGUAGAGGAAGGUGUGUAUAUAUACAUGUUGUUAGUAAAAUAAAUGACUACAUAAUUCUGAUAAUAAUUUCAGAAUGUCAUAGCAAAGGCUGCCUAAUAUAUAUAUAUAUACACACACAUGACUGGGGAGUGACCCUCCGGUUUUUAUUUCACAUUAGAAUUUUACUCCUAUUGGUGCUCUGCUUUCCCGCUUCUCGUGUCUACUCUUCAGUCGCAGAAUUGAAUGGGAAUGGCUCUCUAGUUUUGGAGGGAUGUUAUUACCUAAUGCAGGUUCUCUUGAGGAAUGAUGUAGACGAUUUCGGCGGGCAAAAGGUUUAAUAAGAUAUAAAUAGAUUUUGUACUUUUCCAACAUUAUAGCUACGACAAGAGCAAGAAUAUUGCGCAAAGAUAAAUGAAGAUAUUAGUUACGAUAAAAAGUAAUAAAAACACGAAAAGAGAUAGAAGGGAAGUCAUUUUUAAAGCCUGAAGAAAGAGAAGAGGAGAAACAUGCUUAAAGAACUUAAAGCCGGAAGAACGGACUCAAAAAAAUUCACACAUAGUAGAAAUGCUAAAAUGUCGCGAUGUCAAAAGUGUCAGCCGAAGCUUUAAGGAUUGGCCGCUUUCCUGCGCAGUGGGUCUCAGGGCACAAGACCAUCGCAACGUCUUCGCUGCUGGCCCUGCUCCUCCCAUGCGUGAAAGGGUCUUACAGCGUCAAAGGAUCAUCAGUGGAAACUUCCCAGGAAAGUCGACCGGAAAAGUUUACAUUAAGAACAGUUGUUCACAUUUUUUUCUGGAUGGUUUAAAUUUACAGGUUUUAUUUCGUUAGUAGCAAAGGUGACCUAUGAGGCCUGUCUUCUAAAGCACGGCAUCUGGGUAACUUUUAUGUGUAUAUAAUGGCUCUAUAGGUGAUACGCUUCGUUGCUGAAGUCUUUAAUUUAUCCUAGUCAGAUAUCCUUCUUGGCGGUGUUAUUUGUUAAUUAUUCCUUAUAAAAUAUCGUUAGUUACUAGAAUGUACAAUAUUUAGUUUGUGAUGCUUAGCAUUUACUUAUUCACUUUUUCAGAAUUAUGUUAUACGGACGACGCACUCCUAUUACUCAUGUAGCAUAUUAUUCAGUAUUCCUAUAAUUUAUGGUUAUAUAUCUUAUGUGUAUGUACAUAUGUAUGUAAACAGUGUCUGUAUAGGUAACAUAAUUAUGCACUCCCUUUUAAGUAAUAGGCGCUAUGUGGCUCAAUAUGGCCUAUUGUUUUCCGUUACCAAGCAUUCCCCGCCGUACCUAUGUAAUUUUUGUCGAAAGGUAUUUAACCAUUGCUUUGGGCGUUGUAUGUGCGAUACCUCAUGCUCGCUGCAAUUUUAAAUGUUGUACAGGCGGUGUAAGAGGUCCCCAUCAGUCUUCCCUUCCUUUGCGCCCUCCGUUUCUCCCCUCCCGUCGCUCCCCUUCUCUUCUCCUCCUCGCAGCUCAAGUUUCUCAUUUCUCUUCCAUCUCCUAUUCUCCCUUCCCACAAUUCACUGAUAAUUUUUUUCCCUCCUUCCAUCCACCAAUCCCGUUUGCCCCCCCCUCCCCCCCACACACACACAUAGCGUCUUCAAGCAGAUAUUGCCAUCAGG